AUGUCGUGCGCCGCCAGCAUCUGCGCCAGCGCCGCUCGGUACGCCGCCUCGUCACCCCGCAGCGGGCAGUUCCUCGCGCACUUGUACACGUGGUCCAUCGCGAACGGCUUCGCGGUUCUCGCGUGCGGGCACCCGCACAGCGGCGGCAGCGAGAUCCCCUUCCUCGCCAGCCGCCUCUUGACCGUCUCCUGCAGCGCCUCCACCGCCUUCACCGCCUCGCUCGCGCGCUUCGCCUCUUCGGCCUUCUCCGCCCCGCGACGUUCCGCCUCCGCUGCCCUCGCCGCCUCCGCCUUCAUCCGGGCCCUUUCCUCCGCAGUUGGCUCCGCCGCCGCCGCCGCAACCUCGGCAUCCUCCGCGUCGACGGCUGCUGCGCAAAGUUUCGACGUCUCCCUCGCGCGUUCCGCCGUCCUGGCCCGUUCCCGCCGCCGCGCCGCCUCGCGCCUCUGGCUCUCCGCGUAUAACUCCUUCGUGGCGCGAACACGCCCGGCGUUGUCCGUCGGUUUGGCGGCGUUCGUCGCGCCCGCCGCGGCGGUCGCCUGCUCGGGGGCUCUCGCGAAUGCGGCCGGCGACGCGAGCGCGAGCAGCGCGCGAUGCGCGGUGGCGACGCCGUUCGCCUUGGCUGUCAUCAGCGCCUCGAGCGGUGAGACGAUUUUGGCGUCGUUUCGGCGCUCGUUCUCCUUGGUGUCGUCCACGGACACCCGCGCGACGUCGUCGACGAGGGCGGUGACGGUGGGUGGGCGCUGCGCUUGGUGCACGGCCGUGGCCGCCUCGGCGCGCGCGCGCGUGAGCGCGGCGGCGGCCUCGGCGUUUCCCUCGGGCGUCUCCCACGAGGCUGCGUCGGGCGCGUGCGUCAUCGUCCUCGGACCUGGGGGCGUCCGUCGAUGGGGCGUGCGGCGUCGGGGCGAGAUGCGAGCCUUCCCCCCGUCCGAUGCUGUUUCGUCGCGGGUGUCCGUCUCCGAUGCCGGAUUCGGCGACCAGCCGGUUCAUAUCCCCGCUCCGAGCCAACUCGAUCAUUUUUUCUCGCCGUAA